UAGUCCAACGCAAGAAUUAAAACCUAGUCAGCUUAAACGUUUCGACAACACACUCCGGAAUUUUGAGUCAGAAAUUAAGAAAUCUACAUAUUUUAAAAGUUUAUAUAAGGAGAAGAAAAGCAUUUUGGGGAUCACGUGAUGGCGAGCGCUGAGGAGGCCGUGGAUUACGAGCCGGAGGACGACGACCUUAUGGAUGAGGACGCCGCCGGCGACACCUCCCCUCAAGCCCCAAUGCCUAAGCUCAAAUCCGCCAUCACUGGCGGCGCUUCCACCUCUCUUUCUGGUCCUAAGAAGACCAAGGGCCGUGGCUUCCGCGAUGACGACGCCGACCGUCACUCCCGUCUAGCCUCCCGAGACUUCGAGUCUCUCGGCGCUGACGGCGGCCCUGGUCCCCAGAGAUCUAUUGAAGGAUGGAUUAUUUUGGUCAUUGGUGUACAUGAGGAAGCACAAGAGGAUGACUUGCACAACGCAUUUGGUGAAUUUGGUGAGAUAAAGAAUUUGCAUUUAAAUCUUGAUCGUCGCACUGGUUUUGUCAAGGGAUAUGCACUGAUUGAGUAUGAAAAGUUUGAAGAAGCAAAGAAUGCUAUCUCUGCAAUGGAUGGUGCAGAACUUCUUACUCAGACUAUGAAUGUUGAUUGGGCCUUUAGCAAUGGACCUAGUACUGGAGCCUUCAAAAGAAAAAAUAUGAGAUCAGGACGGACACAUCGCUCCAGGAGUCCUAGGAGAAGAUACUGACUUUUUGUGCUCUAUUUUGAGGGUGGAUUUAUAACAAGAGAUUUCGAGAUUUGAUACUUCAAAUUUACUGAAAUUGUGGAUUUGUAUUUGCUUGCCUGAUGCCCCAUCCUAUUUUUCUUGUAUGGUGUCUCAAGUGGUGCUUGUGCUUAGUUUUCAAAUGCGGCUUUUUGGCUUUAUAUUUAACAGCCUGGAGUAUUGCUGCUUGCUAUUGUGAUCAUCUUUUUAUUUCUGAGAUAUUAGUGAGACAUCUGUUUAUUAGAAACAUGUCUUUCAAAAGCAUUAUUAUGAUAAGAAAAUAAGGCUUACUGUCUUUAUUUUCAAUUGAUAAAAUCGUCUUCCACGACCUCCUCCAUUCUUUUGCAAGACCGAGAAUAAGACAACCGAGAAACAUUCUUUUAAAAUUCCC